AUGUCAGGCCGUGUAACCUCCCUGGAGCAGGCAAAGCCUCAGCCUCUUGUGCACCCCUGUUCGUUGAGCACCCAGGGAACCAUCCCCCUCCCUUUGCUUUUCCUUAUCACCAAGCAAUCAAGGGCCCCAGUGAGGGGCUCGGCCUGGCUGGAGUUUGCCCGGAGCCGGGCCGGGGCCGGGGCCUGGGCCGGGGCCGGGCAGCAGCGCGGGCCGCCCCUGUCCUCGCAGCCCUGCCGGGCGCUCUACCUCUUCGCCAAGAGCAACAACAUCCCCUUCGAGUUCAAGCGCGUGGAGCUCAUGAAGGGGCAGCACAAGAGCAAGGAGUUCCGCAAGGUGAACCCCAUGAUGAAAGUGCCGGCCUUAGAGGAUGGUUCCUUCCUCUUAUCGGAAAGCAUUGCCAUCCUCCUCUACCUGGCCCGCAAAUUCAAGACGCCCGAUCACUGGUACCCAUCUGACCUGCAGAAACGGGCCAGGGUGGAUGAGUACCUGUCGUGGCAGCACGCCAACAUCCGCGCCAAGAGCAGUGACGUGUUUGUAUCUAAGUUCAUGCUGCCUGUCCUUGUCGGCCAGCCUCUGCCUCCGAAGAAACUUGAAGAAAUCGUUGAGGAGCUGAACACUGUCCUGAAGCAGUUUGAGGUGCAGUUUUUGCAGGACAAGCCCUUCAUCGCAGGCAGCGAGGUGUCCCUGGCAGACCUGGUGGCACUGGUGGAGCUCAUGCAGCCUGUAGGUGCUGGCCACAACCUCUUUGAGGAGAAGCCAAAAUUAGCUGAGUGGCGCAGCCGGGUGGAAGCAGCGGUGGGGCCGAAGCUCUUCGAGGAAGCCCAUCAGACAAUCUUGAAAGCCAAGUACAUGACUCCUGAUAAAAUUCCACCUGUGGUGCUGGAGGUUAUCAAGAGCCAGGCCCUAAAGCAGAUUGGCCAGGCUUAG